AUGCAAGAAACGGACCUCCACUACCCACCCCAAACCUGCCCCUUCUGCACCAUCGCCGCCGCCUUCCCCUUCCCCUCAUCAUCACCCUCGUCUAUUUCCCCGAGCAGUCCACCGCCCACUCCCUCACUAUGGAAGAGCAGCAGUACCCUAGAACAAGACUUGUUAAAAGAGAGUAUACCAAAAGAGGAGGAGAGCGAUCCAGAGAAAACGAGUCCGAGUAGUUUUGUGGUGCUGAGGAGUAGGGAUGUCGUUGCUUUUCUGGACAUCUUGCCGAUGACGGGAGGCCAUUUGCUUGUUACUACGCGUCAGCAUAAGGUCAAGGUUGCGGAUAUGGAGGCUGUGGAGAGUAGGGAGAUUGGUUUCUGGUUACCGAUACUAGCACGGACGGUGGCUAAAGUAACGGGCGUGACGGAUUACAAUAUCGUGCAGAAUAACGGAGCACGUGCCGCGCAAGUAGUACCUCAUGUACAUUUCCACAUCAUCCCGCGUCCGGAGACGAUGCCGGAGAUCAAGAAUAAGAGUUGGACUAUGUUUGGACGGGGUCAGAGGGAUGAUUUGGAUGAUGAGGAGGGGGCUAAGAUGGCGGGGGAGAUGAGGAGGGUGUUGAGGGAGGAGGUGGAGAAGAUGGGUGCUGCGAGUGCCAAGUUAUGA